GGACUCCCGCGUAUAUCUUGAUUUUUUGCUCUACAGGAGUCCCUCGCCGUCGUAAAACCAAAAGCUCCUGUCCUCUGUGAAGCAACGCACGGCCACAACUGACGUCCAUGACAGGUCCGCGACAAUGUUUGCUCCGUGAACUGAGAGGACAACGCUCUACAACGCUUGACAGCGUGCGCUGUCUUACAAAACUCUUUGCAGCACUAUCUAGCACUAUGCUUCCCUGGUCCGAGUCUAUCAUCCGUCAAAUUUCGGGUGAAUGAUGUGUGCUGAUGCGCGUGAUCAUCAUGGUCCCCCUUCUCAUCCAGCCCACCUAGCAACAUCGGAAGAUAAUCGCUCUUGGUUUCAGGCUUCUCAUUCCUCUCCACAGCGCUCUUCCUUCACCCCAUGUUCAUCAGGUCUCGGGACAUCACCAGCACCCCGAGCAUUCUAGAUGCCUCAAAGUCUGAUCCAGAAGCCAAGGCGAGGCUUAUCGCCACUCUCCAGCUUAUCGGUUCGAUGACCGUCGGCGGGAUAUUCUACGGUUUCACGACGGCAACCGCCGCGCUAAGCGCUUCCUCCAUCAUCCAGUCGAGUCAGCACCGCUCACGAAGGCGCAUCGCGUUCCUUCUGGCGUACGUCGGUCUGCUGUGGGCGUCGGGCACAUUGGAUAUGGCGGGCAUAACAUGGAGCGGGGUAGCCACAUACGUGUACCAGACAUCGGUCCCGAACAAAGCGAUGGUGUACAUGACGAACAACUCGUACUGGGCUAUUCUUUUGCUUUCUGACGCGAUGAUGGUCUGGCGGUUCAAAGCUGUCUGGUCGAAGUCUACCUACUAUCGCUACCUCAUAAUUGUGCCUGCUCUAGGCUACCUCGGCAUAUUAGUCCCUGGCUUCUUCGUUUUCGUUCUCCUCGACGACGGAGCGGUGUGGGAAGGCCCCAGUGUCGGUGCAGCACUCAUCAGCGCUGUGUUCCUGUCUUCUUUCUGCCUCAAUGUAUAUGUUGCUGCCCUCAUAUCAGGUCGUCUGCUUAUUUAUCGGCGUCGUUUCAAAACCUACUUAGGCUCGCCCGAUGCAAAACACUACACAUCAUACGGCGCCAUCCUCGUCGAGUCUUAUCUUCCCCUAGCCCUCAGCAACAUCGUAUACUUUGUCCUAUACUUCCUCGAUAACCCAGCACAGUGGGUGAUGGCCUCUAUCGUGGAUCAGAUGCAGAUUGUCGCGUCGUUCUUGGUCAUGAUCCGAGUCUCGCGCGGAAUUGCGUGGGAUGCGUCGCCCUUCACGUCCCUUUCCACUAUCCUCUCCCUUUAUCCCAUGCUCGUAAAGCCUCGGGACGCAACAUCUACCCCGAACACCCUGGAUGGCUCAAACCCUGACCUAGAAGCCCAGGCGAGGCUCUCUGCCAGCCUCGGAAUCAUCGGCUCGAUGACCGUUGGCGGGACGUUCUACGGCUUCGUGACGGCGAUCGCUGGGACGUGCGCGUACUCCCUCAUCCAGUCGCGCCAUCGCCGCUCACGAAGACGCCUCGCGUUGGUUCUAGCGUACAUCGGCAUGCUUUGGACAGCUGGAACGCUGGAUAUUGGGGCUGUGACGUGGGGGCGGGUAGACACAUACGUUUAUCAUCCGUCGAGCGCUCUCCAGAGUCCGAACGCGCAGAAUUCGGGCCCGAAAGCGAUAGGGUUAAUGGCGGAUAUAUCGUAUUGGGCUAUCCUUUUGCUUUCGGAUGCGAUGAUGGUCUGGCGAUUUAAGGUUGUCUGGUCGAAGUCCGUGUUCUAUCGCUACCUCGUAAUUGUUCCCGUUUUAUGCUAUGUGGGCAUUUCAGUACCCGGCUUCUUUGUUUUCAUUGUCUUCUACAAUAGCUCAGUAUGGUGGAAUGCCAGUAUCGGCGCGGGCCUCACCACCGCCGUUUUUCUGUCUUCCUUCUGCCUCAACAUAUACGUUGCCGCCCUCAUAUCUGGUCGUCUAUUUCUUUAUCGACGUCGCUUCAAAGCCCACUUAGGCUCGCCCGAUGCAAAGCACUAUACAUCAUACGGUGCCAUCCUCGUCGAGUCCUACCUUCCACUAGCCAUCACCAGUAUCGUUUUCUUUGCCCUGUACUUCCUCAAUAAUCCAGCGCAGUAUAUGCUGGCCCAGGUUCUGGAUCAGAUGCAGAUUAUCGCGUCGCUCUUGGUCAUGCUCCGCGUCUCGCAUGGAAUUGCGUGGGACUCAUCGACGACUUCGCAAUCUGUUGACAGUGCGAUAGAUAGGGCGCUGGAGGCAGCUCUUAGCCGAUAA